UUUACGAAGCAAAAAGAAAACGAAAGCAAAUUGACACUUCUUGAAGAAAUGCAGUAAAAAGAGUAAAAAUUUUCAAGUGGAAGUUGCGGUGACUGUGAAGAAAAUUUUGCAAAUAUUUUCAUUACGAUUGUGUACUAGAAAUGUCAUUAAAUAGUAAUUCAGUUCAACAAUAACAGUUUGGACAAGAAAGCGUAAAGACUCAAGGACACAACAUGGAUAACGACAAAGAAUCAGGAAAGCUUUCCAACGAUGCUGAGGACAUUGAAAAUAUAUUAAGCAUAAGGAACUUGUCCAUAAACAACGAGAACCAAUUUAGUAAAAAGACAAACAACACUAAACGCCCGAGGCCCAGAGUUUUUUCCACAGAGCUGACAGACUGUCUGGCGCUAGAUUGCGAGUUCGUCGGUACGGGAACGGACGGUAAAGAGCAUAUGCUAGCAAGGGUGUCGAUAGUAAACGAAAGAGGAGAGGUGGUGCUGGACAGCUACGUGAAACCACAGAAAGCGGUUAAGGACUACCGAACAGAAAUUAGCGGCAUCCGACCGGAACUGAUGGAGCUGGGGCAAGAGUUCAGUUCGGUCAGAGAAACUGUUAAGCUGCUAAUUCACGGGCGAGUGCUCGUUGGCCAUGCAUUGAAGAACGACAUGUUAGUGCUGAACCUGCGGCACCCGCGGAAUAUGACUAGAGAUACGGCCCGAUACAAUCCCAUUGCGCGAAAAAUACGAGCUCUUGGCACGCCAAGUUUGAAGAAUCUUGCCAGGCUUAUAUUGGGAGAGGAAAUCCAGAACGGCAUUCACGACUCGGUUCAGGAUGCCACUGCCACGAUGAAGAUUUAUCAGAUUUUCAAAGAUGAAUGGGAGAAGUCGCAGAGAAAAACUGGACGCAUUUGUAGAUGACAGAAGCGAAGAACAAGGAGGAAAAAAUGAAUGAACCGUAAUGUUAUUGUUAAUAGAAUGUAGAUUGAUUUUGAAUGUGAAUUUAUAGCCUGUUCAGAUUACUUGCUUUAUGCUCCAGCUUAAGAGUAUCUUGAUGUUAAAGUUCUCUCAUCUUAUUUUCAUUUCAUAUGAUAUCAUAUUAAAAUCUCGUAAUCUGAAUAGACUAUUAGACUCUAAUUUUUCGAGUUAAACUUAAAAGUGUUCAAUAAUUUAGUCGCUAUGCUUUCCAAUAAAACAUUCAUCGUGCAGAAGUUCCAAAAUUAUUAAACAAUCACAUUUAAGCUUAAUUCGAUAAUUGUGACUAUGUCUUAAUUGUAUAUAAGUCCUAUAUUUAAGUACUAGAAACAGUAAAAAAAUAA